GAGCAGAGCACGGGGUCAGACACUGAAGUGCUGGCGGAGAGAACCUCCUGCUCCUUCGGCUCCCAUUCAGACCUCACGUCCGGCGGCUCAGUCUCUCAGCAACCUCCUGCCUCAUCCAUGGAGGACAUCCAGGUGGAGUUGCAGUGUGCUGAUCUCUGGAAGAGGUUCCACGAUAUCGGCACAGAAAUGAUCAUCACUAAAGCAGGCAGAAGGAUGUUUCCUGCUAUGAGAGUGAAGAUUACAGGGUUGGACCCCCACCAACAGUAUUACAUAGCCAUGGACAUUGUGCCUGUGGACAAUAAGAGAUACAGGUAUGUGUAUCACAGCUCCAAGUGGAUGGUCGCAGGGAAUGCCGACUCCCCUGUACCUCCAAGGGUUUACAUCCACCCUGACUCACUGGCGUCUGGAGACACCUGGAUGCGGCAAGUCGUCAGUUUUGAUAAACUCAAACUGACCAACAAUGAACUAGAUGACCAAGGCCAUAUAAUUCUGCACUCAAUGCACAAGUACCAACCACGAGUGCAUGUUAUCCGCAAAGAUUACAGCAGCGACCUGUCUCCCACAAAGCCAGUCCCCACAGGUGAUGGGGUGAAAACCUUCAGCUUUCCAGAGACUGUCUUCACCACAGUCACUGCUUAUCAAAACCAGCAGAUCACCAGAUUAAAAAUUGACCGGAAUCCAUUUGCAAAAGGAUUCAGGGAUUCUGGAAGAAACAGAACUGGCCUGGAGGCCAUUAUGGAAACAUAUGCCUUCUGGAGGCCCCCCGUGCGCACGCUCACCUUUGAAGAUUUCACCACCAUGCAAAAACAGCAAGGGGGCAGCACAGGGACUUCCCCAACAACGUCGAGCACAGGGACUCCCUCACCCUCUGCAUCUUCUCAUCUUCUUUCUCCAUCCUGUUCACCACCAGCCUUUCAUUUGGCCCCCAAUUCUUUCAAUGUUGGCUGUCGGGAGAGCCAACUCUGUAACCUUAACCUCUCCGAUUAUCCUCCUUGUGCAAGAAGCAACAUGGCUGCCCUGCAGAGCUACCCUGGGUUGAGUGACAGUGGGUACAAUCGCCUCCAGAGCAGUGCUACCUCUGCCACUCAGCCCCCUGAAAACUUCAUGCCUCAGCGGACUCCAUCCUUGAUCUCAGGAAUGCCUGCUCCUUCUUCACUGCCUAGCAACAGCAAGAUGGAUGCCUACGGUGGCCAGCUGGGAUCAUUCCCAACUUCUCAGCUCCAAUAUGUCAUGCAAGCAGGCAACCCUGCCUCCAGCUCUUCUUCUUCACCUAUGUUUAGUGGUGGCCACAUGCAACAGAGUUCCUACAAUGCAUUUUCCCUUCACAACCCUUACAACUUGUAUGGAUACAAUUUCCCAGCAUCUCCCAGGUUGGCCGGAAGCCCUGAGAAACUGGCCACCACUCAAAGCACUUUACUUUGCUCUUCGCCUUCCAAUGGAGCAUUUGGAGAAAGGCAGUAUCUUUCAGCGGGGAUGGAUCACGGGAUGCAUGUCAUUAGUCCUCCCGGCAACAACCAGCCAACAGCCAAUGCCUGCGAGAAUAGACAGUAUGGGGCUGUCCCGGGGCCCUCCUCACAAAUGUCCGUGCACAUGGUUUAAUUGGUGCCUUGGAGUCAUCAUCUCGGUCCGCAAUGAGCAAGAAUCUCCUUAUUUCUAUAGGUGAUCUCAUCUCUCUUGCUUUUCGACAUAAAAGAGGACUUGUAUUGGAAUGAAAAGUGAAAAUGCAAGCCAUCUCUAGCUGCACUCCAAAGAACCAGACAGCUGCAGACUGAAAUAAAAAAAAGUAUUGUGUAACUGAACAGCUUCUGCUCCCAAUGGAUUGCUUUAAACAGAGGAAAUGGCAUUGUUUGCAGUAAAUGGGGCGGGGUUGGGGGGUUGGGGUUGGGGAGUGAGAGAGACUUAUAUAGUAUAUGCAAUAACCAUCUGAGCUUAAGUGUGAACUAUUUACAAUAGAGGAAGGCCAGUGUGUGUGCUGUUCUUUCCCUUUUUCCCAGAUGCAAGCAACGCUUCCUGAAGACCUCAUCUUAAUAAAGCUGCACUGCCCAUAAGAGGUCAUUGCUUUAACAUCUUCAUCUUUCCCUGAUUUGUCAUCUACAAGCUGUUAAUUCAGAUUUAUGGCCUUCCCUCACCCAGUAUAGUCAAAAAGAGAAAGGACCUUGUAUCAGAACUAAAAAUUUCACUUUCUUGAGAUGUUUUUGUUUUCUUGCCUUUGAGUGCCUUGUUACUCUUCUCGGAGAACAAUAAAUGUGUCCAUACAAAAGCCUGCCUGGUUGGAAGCAGCGGGGGUGGGAAGGGUAACCAUCUUUUUCUGUAACGAUGCAAGCAAAACACUUUGGUAGCAUGCUUUGUAAGAAGAGGCAGAGUCUCUCCUGUGUGUAGGAUUUUAUUUUGAAAAUGCUGUGUUUUAAGAGAAAAUAAUGGUAUUAGAAACAGCAAGCAAUGCUCAAAACAUGUACCAUCCACAGGAGUCAGUUGUAAAGGAGGGGCAUCACCAGAAGGAGAUCAUAGCAAAUGGUGACCAGAUAUUCUGAGUAUACAUCCAAAAUCUAAUUAAUUUGCAAGCAGGACCGGCCUUAGAUGAGUAGACAGCAUCCUGGAUGAGGAGCAGCUUCAGCUUCUCCUGCUGUCAGCUUUAGGAGCCCCUAGCAGGUGUGAUCCUGGGACCCCCUGCUGCUCUCCUGCCCAAGGACCUACAUGUGUAUGUUCUCCACUGAUACAUAGCAAACGACAAAUGACUUUAAGCUGGAAAUAAAACAAGAAAUGCAUUGUAAACCUAAUUGAAGGAAGAUCAUUUUUUUGGAAUUAGCGCCAAAACGAAUUGAAAAAAGGUCACAGAGAUCUGCUUUUUGCUACCUAGCCAACUCUAGAUAGUAGACUGAAAAUACAUCUUUAAUUUCAUUGAGGACAACUGCCCCCACUCUCAGCUUAACAUCCCAGGUAACUGUAGAGCUCUCCCACAUCAAGGUGGGCCUUACUUGCGAAUACCAAAGAAAACAUUCACUGUUAGGUCAGGGACAAUCAUUAUAACCCAUCUAGCUUGUUGUUUUGGCCUGUUCUGUUUUAUUUUUUCUUCAACUCUUGUAAAAAAAUAGGCAAACAAGUGAUGCUCAAGCUAAGAAGUUUUAAGAUGUGUGAAAAGCCAAAUACCAAAUAACACAAUACAGAAGCUACAAUAUAGAGAUUUUGUUUUGAUGUGUUGUAGAUAAAUGUAUUUAUGUCCCUAGUGUGCGUGGGAGGGAAGGGAAUUCAGUAUUAUGGAUAUUAAAAAAGGGAAAUGAAUGGGUAUGUGAAAUAUAUAUUAAGAAAGAAAUUGUAUGAAGAUUUACCCUAUGAGGGGAACUCUUGUUUUUAGGUGAAAAGCACAG